CCUCAUAUCGUAUAUCACCUAAUAUCUCUUCCCAUCCCCCGCUCCAUCCCUGCUCGCUGUUCAACUCUGCAGGCAACUGGACAUAUCCUUGUAUCUGGCAAAUCCUACUAACUUGCAGCCAAACACGCGGGGAUUUGUGUCAACCAUAUCAUCCCUUACAGAAUGGGCUCGACUCACGGAGCGUCGCGCAAGCUGGCACUGGCCAUGCUUGUCUUCUACCUCGCACUAGCGCUAUGUGGGUGUAUCGUGUCUGCCGCCGACGCAGCGGCUGAUGGUGGAAACGGCCAGGUAGCGGCUGCAAAAGAUAGCCCAGCCGAUGGUGGAAACAAACAGGUGGCUUCAGCGAACAACGACCACGCAGUGGCAAAGGAUGCCAGGCAGUAUCGAAGGAUGGCCAGGCUGAUGCUAAGGACACCAAGGCCGAAGGCAAGGACAGCAGUCAGCCAGCGGAGGGUCAGAAAGCACCGGCAUCGGGCAACUCGGACGCAAGGGACGCAGCGAUCAGCAUCAAUGCGGCAAACGGCGGCGAUUCG